GCCUCGACCGCGCCGCCCGCCCCGCCCGCCCUGCCCGCGCCCCGCCCGCGCCCGCCGCAGCUACAGCUCCGCGGCGCCCUCGCCGGGUGCGUGCCGCUCGCGCGCCCGCCAGCCAGGCUCUCCGCGCCCGCCGCCCGCGCCGCGCUGGCCCGGGCCCUCCCGCCCGCGCUUCAUGGCUGCACACGAGUGGGACUGGUUCCAACGCGAGGAGCUCAUCGGGCAGAUUAGCGACAUCCGAGUGCAGAACCUGCAAGUUGAGAGGGAAAAUGUGCAGAAGAGGACCUUUACUCGAUGGAUAAAUCUACAUCUAGAAAAGUGCAACCCACCUCUAGAAGUUAAAGAUUUAUUCAUCGAUAUACAAGAUGGCAAAAUCCUAAUGGCUUUGUUAGAAGUCCUGUCUGGGCGGAAUCUGCUGCACGAAUACAAAUCCUCGUCGCAUCGUAUUUUUCGGUUGAACAACAUAGCGAAAGCACUUAAGUUUUUGGAAGAUAGCAAUGUAAAACUGGUUAGCAUUGAUGCAGCAGAAAUAGCAGAUGGCAACCCUUCUUUGGUUCUUGGGCUGAUAUGGAACAUAAUCCUCUUCUUCCAGAUUAAGGAGCUCACAGGCAACCUCAGCAGAAACUCUCCAUCUUCCAGCUUGUCCCCUGGCUCAGGGGGCACAGACUCAGACUCAUCCUUCCCACCCACACCCACCACAGAGAGGAGCGUGGCAAUAUCGGUGAAAGACCAGAGGAAGGCCAUCAAGGCCCUGUUGGCGUGGGUACAGAGGAAAACGAGAAAGUAUGGCGUGGCGGUGCAGGACUUUGCAGGCAGUUGGAGGAGUGGGCUGGCUUUCCUGGCUGUGAUCAAGGCCAUUGACCCCAGCCUAGUGGACAUGAAACAGGCCCUGGAAAAUUCCACACGAGAAAAUCUAGAGAAGGCUUUCAGCAUCGCACAGGAUGCCCUGCACAUCCCCAGGCUCCUGGAGCCAGAAGACAUCAUGGUUGACACACCAGAUGAGCAGUCUAUCGUGACUUACGUGGCACAGUUUCUAGAACGUUUUCCGGAGUUGGAAGCCGAAGAUAUUUUCGAUUUAGAUAAAGAAGUUCCUAUCGAAUCCACUUUUGUUCGCAUCAAAGAAACUCCUUCUGAACAGGAGAGCAAAGUCUUCGUUCUGACUGAAAAUGGGGAGCGUACCUACACUGUUAACCACGAAACCAGCCACCCACCACCCUCCAAAGUCUUUGUCUGUGACAAGCCCGAGAGCAUGAAGGAAUUCCGCCUGGAUGGUGUUUCCAGCCAUGCACUGUCAGACAGCUCCACCGAGUUCAUGCACCAGAUCAUUGACCAGGUCCUGCAAGGGGGCCCAGGUAAGACCAGUGACAUCAGUGAGCCAUCUCCAGAAUCCUCCAUUUUAUCAUCCAGAAAGGAGAGCGGGAGGUCCAACUCUUUGCCGAACAAGAAAACAGUUCACUUUGAGGCUGACACCUACAAGGAUCCUUUCUGCAGUAAGAACCUGUCCCUUUGCUUUGAAGGGAGCCCGAGAGUGGCAAAGGAAUCAUUGAGGCGGGAUGGACACGUCUUGGCAGUUGAGGUUGCUGAGGAAAAGAAACAGAAACAGGAAUCCUCGAAGAUUCCAGAAUCCUCCUCUGACAAGGUCCCUGGUGACAUUUUUUUGGUGGAGGGCACAAACAAUAAUUCUCAGUCUUCUUCCUGUAAUGGCGCUUUAGAGAGUACAGCCCACCACGAUGAAGAAAGUCACUCUCUUUCAUCCCCAGGAGAAAAUACUGUGAUGGCCGAUUCCUUCCAGAUCAAGGUUAACCUGAUGACUGUAGAAGCUUUAGAGGAGGGAGACUAUUUUGAAGCCAUCCCAUUAAAAGCCUCAAAAUUUAACAGCGACCUAAUAGAUUUUGCUUCUACCAGCCAGGCUUUCAGCAAAGUCCCUUCACCUCAUGAGUCAAAACCUGACAAGGAUGCUGAGGCUUUUGAGAAUCAUGCUGAAAAACUAGGUAAAAGGAGUACUAAAUCUGCUCACAAAAAGAAGGAUUCGCCAGAGCCUCAAGUUAAGAUGGACAAAUAUGAACCUCAUCAGGACUCCGGAGAAGAAGCUGAAGGCUGUCCUUCAGCCCCAGAAGAGACACCAAUGGAUAAAAAGCCAGAGGUGCAUGAAAAGGCCAAGAGAAAGUCCACCCGUCCUCAUUAUGAAGAAGAGGGAGAAGACGAUGACCUCCAGGGUGUGGGCGAGGAAUUAUCUUCCAGCCCCCCAAGCAGCUGUGUCAGCUUGGAGACCCUUGGGAGUCACAGCGAAGAAGGCCUGGAUUUCAAGCCCUCCCCACCCCUCUCAAAGGUUUCCGUCAUUCCCCAUGACCUCUUCUAUUUCCCACACUAUGAGGUUCCCUUGGCUGCAGUUUUGGAGGCUUAUGUAGAAGACCCGGAGGUUCUAAAAAAUGAAGAAAUGGAUCUGGAAGAGCCAGAGGGCUAUAUGCCAGACCUGGACUCCAGGGAGGAGGAGGCCGAUGGCUCUCAGAGCAGCUCCAGUUCCUCGGUGCCAGGCGAGAGUCUCCCCAGUGCCAGCGACCAGGUGCUGUGUCUCAGCAGGGGUGGUGUGGGUGCCACACCAGCCUUGGAACCCGCUCCACUGGCCCCCUAUGAGGACCACCAGCAAAGGGAGACCAAAGAGAAUGACCCCAUGGACAGCCAUCAGUCCCAGGAAUCCCCAAACCUGGAAAACACAGCAAACCCCCUAGAAGAAAAUGUAAUGAAAGAAUCAGUCAGUAGUAAAAAAAAGGAAAAAAGGAAACAUGUGGACCACGUAGAAAGUUCACUAUUUGUAGCACCAGGAAGUGUUCAAUCCUCAGAUGACCUAGAAGAAGACACUAGCGACUACAGCAUUCCUUCCAGGACUAGUCACAGUGACUCCAGCAUUUACAUUCGACGACAUACUAAUAGGUCUUCGGAAUCGGACCAUUUUAGCUAUGUUCAGUUGAGGAACGCAGCAGAUCUGGACGACAGAAGAAACCGAAUGUUAACCAGGUACAAUACUCAGAAGCUCACUGAGCUGAUUUUACAGUUUUAUGGCAUCAGAGCAGACAUGAAGAGGGAAAGCAAACAUGCCAGGAUGUCUAUGAAAGCCAACAGCUCAGGAGAAGCCAUGUCACUGGGGAGCCACAGCCCGCAGAGCGACUCCCUGACACAGCUUGUCCAGCAGCCGGAUAUGAUGUAUUUUAUUGUUUUCCUGUGGCUGCUGGUGUACUGCUUGCUGCUCUUCCCACAACUGGAUGUUAACAGGCUCUGAUACGUGUGUCUGGAUAAUAAAAAAGACAGGACCCUGA